CAGAUCGACGAGUCAGUUCGAGGCGGUGUCUGAGUGCUUCAAAACUGACUGUUUAAACAAAAAUGGCGAAUAUUCGAUUCGUUUGUUUGCUUUUGCUCACUAUCCAUUACGCAUUUUCAGUUUUCUCUGCAGAAAUUUAUUUUCGAUGGUGCACAUUGCCUGGGGAAAAAACCAAGUGUGAUGACUUUAUGAAACACGUAAACAUGACUGCUCAAAACAUGAGCUUAGCUGUUAAAACAAGUUGUGUCGAUGGAACUGACCCUGACGAUUGCAUGGAAAAGAUAAAAAACAGCGAGGCUGAUCUGGUGACAUUGAGUGGUGGAGACACUUACUCAGCGGGUGAAAGAUAUAACUUCAAAGUCAUUGUUUCUGAGCAGUAUGGCGAGUAUGACGUGAAAUACUACAGUGUUGCCAUUGUGAAAAAGAGUAACACAGGCUUCGACUUAAAGAGUCUUAAAGGGAAGAAGUCUUGCCACACUCAGGCUGAAAAGAAUGCAGGUUGGAAAAUUUCCGUGGGAUAUCUUCUACGCUCAAAGAUCAUGGAUCCCGUGGAUUGUAAGAGCCCAUACAAGGCCUACUUUUCAGCUUCAAAGUUCUUCACUGAGAGCUGUGUCCCAGGUACCAAAGAUAAAGUUAGUGCAGCUGCAUACGAGAAGGUCAAAAACCUGUGCAGUCUGUGCGCCGGUACUGGAAAUGACAAGUGCUCUACAAACUCUUCAGUUAAUGAAUACGUCAGCCAUAAAGGUGCCUUCAAAUGUAUGAAGGAUGGGAAGGGCGACGUGGCUUUUGUAAAGCUCCAGGUGGACUCACCAGCCGAUUUUUAUGAUAAGGAUAAUCAAAACGACUACCAGUUCUUGUGCCAGAAUGGAGGGAGAAUGGGUAAUGGUCAAAUUCUCGCCCCUUACAACAGCAAUGAAUCCGCGUAUCUGGUAGGAAAGAAAUGGGUACGGAUUUUGCUUGGCAGAGUUUUUGGCAGUAUAUAUCAUACAAGAUCUUUUCAAUCAUUUUCAGAGAUUAGAGGAUACAAGGAAUGCAAUCUCGGCGCAAGUCCUGCGCAUGCAGUGGUUACAAGGAAGGACAACUCUGACAUCGAAGACAUCAUUAAAAUCUUAAAGGCCAUGAGUGACAAGUACGGCAAGACUCAGACUGACUGGAAUAAGUUCCAGCUCUUCAACUCCUCCAAAUAUAACAACGGGGAAGAUUUGAUCUUUAAAGAUGCAACUACAGCACUCAAAGGUAUAGCGGUGGAUAAACAGAACUAUAUGGGUUACCUUGGAGACGUUUAUGGCAAAAAUGUGAAGGCGCUGACAUCUUGCGAUGCAAUCGUUUCUACUUCUUCUGCGACUUCGUCCGUCACCGCACUCAUGCUGUUUACAGCUGCGCUGAACGCUCUGCUCAUGUGGAAAUCGCACGAUUUCAAAGUCAUCGUUGCUGAACAAUAUGGCGAAUACGGGGUCAAGUAUUAUGCAGUUGCUGUGGUAAGAAAGAAUAACACAGGCUUCGACUUAGAGAGCCUCAGAGGAAAGAAGUCUUGUCACACUGGAGCUGGGAGAACCGCAGGUUGGAAAGUGGCUGUAGGAUUUCUGCUUCGAUCAAAGAUUAUGCCGGCUGUGGCCUGUGGAAACGAGUCGAACGCUUACUUGUCGGCUGCAAAGUUCUUCGAAGAAAGUUGUGUCCCAGGUACCCCAUCUAAAGUGUCGUCAGGCGUCUAUCAAAUGGUAAGUAACCUCUGUAACCUAUGUGCUGGCCCUGAGAAUGACAAGUGCACCACAAACACCUCAAAAAAUAGAUACGUCGGUUAUCACGGAGCCUUCAUGUGCAUGGCGGAGGGAAAAGGUGACGUUGCUUUUGUGAAAUACACGACCACAGAGGAGGUGACUGCAGAAGGAAAAUAUGGGAAACUGGAAGAUUACGAAUACCUUUGCCCUACGGGAGGAAGAAUGGCUGUUGGAAAGCACACGGAAUGCCAUCUCGGCGCAAAUCCUGCCCAUGCUGUGGUCACUAGAGGAAACAACUCUGACAUCGGAGACAUCAUCAAAAUUUUAACGAAGAUGAGCGAAACGUAUGGAGUGAAACAGACGGACUGGAAAAAGUUCCAACUAUUCAACUCCUCGCAGUACAGCGGCAAUAAUUUGCUCUUUAAAGAUUCAACAACCGCACUGGAUGCUCAACCUGCAGGUAAACAGAGCGUUAUGGAUUACCUCGGAAAAAGUUAUGGCGAAAAUGUGGAUUCCCUGACUUCAUGCGACACCACAACCUCCACGACCCUACCGCCACCGCCUGCCUCCUCUUCUACUGCGAUUCUGCCCGUCUCCUUGCUCGUGCUUUUCACAGCCUUGCUGGACAUGUUCAUAUAAAACGAACUUUGAACGUGCUUCGGGUAGUGAUGAAGCUGAUGAUUAAUAAGUGGUUAGGUCAUCAGGGUACUUCCUUUUUUAGUUCAUGAUCAUUAAUUGCAAAGUUAGUAGAGGGAGAAUAUGGUAAUUGUAAGCUCUAGGCACGCUUUUAUCGUCGCUGGUCAAAAGGUAGCGGCGAAGGCAAGGGAAAUGCUUUUGAGCUCAGAUUAUCCUUAUGACUGUUUGAGCUUUAUCGUUCAAAACUCAUUCAGUUUUGAUUGUCAAUGUUAAGGGUAGAUUUUUUUGUUACUUAUCGAGAGAUAGACAAGUUGAAAACAUUGAAGAUCGAGAAGAUAGAGAUCAAAAUCAAAUAAUGGCUUACCAUCAAUAUUUUUCUUAACACCAAGAAACGCCUCCACUUUUCAGAUUAAACUUUGUUUCCUUGUAAAAUUUGCUUUUAGCCUUUACAAGCCGUUCAGUGUAGUUCUAUGAUUAUAUAAUCCAGCCAGUUUCAAAGACAUCACCGCGCAUGACAUGUGAUAGUGUCGAAUUGACAGCGUUCAGAUCUUUUAUUCGGCUUGGUAAGCCCUUGUCUGAUUUUAUCUUAUUGCGUGUGAAAGAACCUCGCGCGAUGACAGACAAGCAACUCUUUCUCUAGUCUCUCUCCUCAACUUACCACACGCGUUUCCAUUAGCUUUUGUUUUCACCGAGAUACGUUCCGCGUAGGCUACUCAAGUGAUCCAGCUUCUAUGCGUGUUUUAGAGCAACAAAAUCAACAGCCAUAUCGCAUGAUCUCUUAAUAGCGUUACGUUUCCAGUUUCCGUAGCAUGACCAAGUCGAUUUAGACUUUGCACAGAAAUAAAGUUACAUAGAAGGUAGACAGAGAAAAAAGUCCCCGUUUUCAAAUGCAAGCCAUGAUGACAUACGUAGAACAAAAACAUAGACCCGUGAUGUUAAACAGUAUUAGCUUUUAAGCACAUGGAACACUAGUGGAGAUUAGUGAAAUAAAGUUUUUGUUCCUAGUUACUCG